UCUAGCUUUCGUGCCAGACAGUGCGUGCGUGUGUGACGUAAGUUUUUCACGGUUUCGGGCCGUGUCCGGGUGUCCCGUCUAAUCGAUUGAUGGGGCUUGAGACAGUGAGGCGUUACGCGCGUUACGGUGUUAUUAUGCAGGAUAACCUGGGAUUAAGUGUGGAUUAAGCUGGCGGCGGGUCGACCGGCGGCGCUGAAAAGCCUUCGAGGAGGAGGCUUUCGAAGGUGGGGGUGAGAAAAACGUCGCGACGCGAGUCGGGAAAGUGUCUGCUGACUGAGGGGAGUGAGUGAGACGGCUCCGAGUGAGAUAGAGAGUGAGAAAGGGAGAAGGUUUUGUGAAGGAUUUUGGGGGUAGUUUUUGUCGCGUGGAGUUUGGGAGUUGUGCAGGCAGACUUGAAAAACACAACGUUUGCUCUGGGUUAAACAUGAGACGUUAGCGAUACAUGUAACUAAGCCAAGAGGUCACGUCAACUGCACGUUAAACGAGUGUUGACAAGAUUCCAGCCAUGUGAUAGCGGAAAGGUGCGACCGGAAAGGUCUCGAAUUACCCUGGAAAGCGCCACGUCAAGGGGCAAGUGAUUGAUGGAAAAUCAUAAAAAAGAAGUAUUCAGCCAAGUGUAAAUAUUGUGCAGCGUAGAAAUAAAAAAAAGAGGGAGAGUGUCGCAGACCGUCGUUAAAGUCGUGUAAUCUGCCAACCUCCGACAAACUGUCGUCACGUCGUACGCUACACACAUCUACUACGCUGCCGUAGAGCGUUGAUAAUAAUCUAUGGACGACCCCCCGCCGCACCUUCUUCCAACCUCCGGGGCAGGUGGUUGCCCUCAGGCCUAGGCAGCUACGGUCGUUUCAAAAGUGAGUCUCUCACAACUCGUGUGUGAAGCUAUUAGGCGGAAAAUUUGCCCUCUUCCACCCCGAUUCCCCCCUUCUCAAAUUUCCCUCACGUACAUAACCUAAAAGGAUCUCGCACACUCCUAAAAAGCCAAGCGUGUCUCUGUGGUUGUGUUGGUGCGUAAAACGCUACCCUAGUGUCGGUGUUGGUGUAGCGCAGUACGGCAAUGUGUUUAUUUCAUCGUGAAAAUUGAGGCCCCAAAAAUGUGCAAAUGAAAAGAUAACAAACCUCGAAAGGUGGCCGUUACGUCGUUGCCGGAAUUGCCAAUUUUGCGCGUCGGAGGGAAAAAUCGGUUCCCCCUUAAAAAAGGAUAACACAUAAAAUAAAUCCAUGUGAGUUGGUGGCGGUGAAGGUCGGUCGGGGUUGGUGUCGUCUCAGGCUCAGGCAGGCAGCGGCAGGUGAAGGAUAAAUGUCCCACGGAGUUUGGAGGAGUGGUGGGGGUCACCGCGAGGAAGGACGACUCGUGCCACGUGAAAAGUAAUCUUUUCAGAAUUCUGUGACGCAAAACGUCGUGUGUUCGAAUCCCGACAGGUGCCCGAAUCUCACCGUAGUUCCUGGAAUAGGAAUUGCUCGGAUUAGGUCACCGGGAAUUAGAUGGAAAAUUAUCACUCGUGUGUGCGAGGAGGAAAAAUUGUCGUGAGGGAGGCAAAAGGUGAGCCGUUCAUCACACGUGGUGGUGCGUGACACGUGCCACGUGUGUCUCAGUGUGUGUGGUGGCGGGAGGGAAGAUGAAGAUUUAUGAUCGUUUUAUGCGAGGAAAAGUGAGUGCGGUGACGGUGCUGAACAGAUAAAUUAGGUUUUUUUUUGGUGGUCGGGUCGAGUUCCGUCUAGUGGGGGAUAAGUUUUAUUCGGCGAAAAAGAGAAGGAAAAGUUUUCGAAAGGGGGGCGGGUCACGUGAAAUAUUACGGUGACAUCGGUGGGUAAUUAGUCGAGCAGAAGAAUCGGAUUAGUGCCAGCCAGUUUGAAGGGAGGGAUAAGUGUGUCAUAAAUCCGGCUGAGUUGGGAGUCGUGAUAGAAAAAUUCUUCUGGAUCAAGGCUUCACCCAAGGAAGGAGAAAAAGAUACUACAAUUUACAGCCUUUCACAAGUUUAUAAAUAAUCACACCCCGGCGGCGGCAGUCGGUGACAUCCCAGCUGGUCUAAGGAUAGUGACCAGAUUGUCCCGUUCCGGAGUAGCUGACCCUAGCGAAAAGAAGAAGGAGUAGCGAAACCCGCAAGGAUGGGCUGCGGACAGAGCAAGAUUCAUCUCUACCCGAGGAAAAACAAGAGCAAAUCCAACGGCAAGAAGAGUGGACACAUAGAGGACGCCGACGCGGACGAGGAGGACGGCCACAACGGGCGGGACGAGCGGGACCGGGAAAUCAACGGCGAGAAGGAAAAGCUCGACGAGGACGGGUCGCUGCGGGACGACGGCUCGCCGGAACCCCCCAACGGCGAAAUUGUGUCCAUUCUGCGGAAAAACGGCUCGCUGCUCCAAAGCCAGGAAAUCUCGUCGAGUCAGCAGAACUUUUUUCGCAUGUUGGAUCAAAAAAUCGAAGAGGGUCCGGACUACGACUCCAACAGUGAAACCGAGGUCGCGCUCGAGGAGGCCCGGAUGAACGCCCUCGUGCAACACUGGGAGUCCGCCAGCCUGACGACGUCAAUGUGUUCUUCCACCAGUCGGUCCCUGCAGGGCACGCCGGUGCGACAGGUGCCAAUGCGACAACCUCCGCUGAGGCCAGCAUUCCAGCAGCCGCUCAGUGCCGAGUUGCUGUCCCAGCAGCAGAUGCUCAAGCAGCAGCACCAACUGAUACUCCAACAACAGCUUCAGCAACAACAACAACAGCAGCAACAGCAGCAGCAGCAAAUCAUCCACCAGAACUUCAACAUCAACAUGAACGUCAACAGUCCAAAGCGGGUCAUGGCCGGUGGCAACCCCAUCAACGUCGGCGGCAUCCCAGUCAGCAUGGACGGCCGGCAGCUGCUGUCCCAGACAAUCAUCCACCAGAACUACGGCGUCCUGCAGCCGUCCCAAACGGCACCCCAGCUGCGUCCCAGCUCGGGCCGGACGUUGCCAACGCCUGUUCAGUGUUUGCAGAUGUCGUACUACCAACAGCAGCAGCAGCAGCAACAGCUUCAACAGCAGCAGAUUCAGGGCAUGGCCGGAGCGGCACUGGUGGCCACCGGAGGAGGACCUUCGCUGGCCCAACAGCAGCAGUACCAACAGCAAUCGAUACCACCACAUUCGUACUACAAUGAUAUUCUGAGGCAUCCGUUGCAGCUCACAUCAGCACAGCUCGUAGCGCAACAGGUCCAGCAGCAGCAACAGCAAUGUCCCCCGGGAAUCGCCUCCGUGUCCUCGUCGCUGGCCUCCCUCGGCGGUCCAUCGUCCUCGGUGGUCUCCGUCGGCAGCAGUGGGAGUCUCCUUGCCCAGUCCCAACAGCAGCAGCUACCUGACCCGUCGACGGUGCCCCGGUUCCCACCGGCCAUCGCCGUCCAGCGGUUGGCACCCCAGGUUCAGCGCCAACUCCGCGAAACGCAGGAACUGAUCAAGGACUCGUGCUCGCAGCUGUACGCCACCGGGUACGGCAGUCCGGGCCCACCGGGGGUUGGCCUGCCCGGUCCACCGAUGGCUCCCCUGAGGACGAAUCCGGCGGCGACGGCCGCGGCCAGGGCAGCAGCUGCGGCAGCCGCUGCCGCCGGACGACGACCUCCGCCCGUUCCACCCACGCUGGAGACGCAGUAUUCGCAGGAACUUUCGUGAUAUCUAGACAAGUAGUGAAACUAUUAUUAUUGUAUUUUACGAUUUUUUUUUAUUUUAAGAUUAUCCGUUGUUCGAGUUUGGUUGCGAACAAUUUCGAUACACGAGUCACGUUUUUCGUUGGGAAAAAGAUUAGCAAGGCUGCUGAUGUAGGUUAAUUUCCUCAGGAGGAAGGCACGUUCGCACUGGUAGGUGAAUCACUCGGUAUUUAUAGUGAAACAACAAUUACGGUUAAAACAAUUGACGAGAUUAGCGAAUGUGAGAAAAAUAAAUCGUAAAAUAUUUGAGUUUAGUUUUAAGGAUCUCUCAAUUCGAUGUCCGUACCUUUCCUUGAUGAUGGAAUUUCAAAAUUAAACUUUAAUAUUUAUUCAAAAACAAAAAAAAACAGCAAAACUGUGUAACAUUUCCAAUUCCAACAGUUGGCUUCCUUCUCGAAAACAACAGUCCUUCCUGGUCAAAAAACAGCAACCUCCCUCAAGCUAAAUAGUUUUUCUCCCGUCCACCAAACCAAACCUCGUACUCUAUAAAUAAUUCAAAUUCGGUUUAGUUUCCGCCUCUCUCGUGUUCUCGUCCACCAAUAAAUAAAUCUGCCGUGUAAUCGCCAUCCCGCCAACUGUCCCACCACACACACUGGUUGACCGUUGACCCAAAGCCACGUGAAACAGUGUAAUUAAUUCAAUCGCGGGCCAUCCUGGAGCGCUGGCAUGACCUAGACCAGGCGGAUUGCAUACUUUCGGGCUGCAUCCGGUGAAACCCAAUCAAUCCCGUGUGGGGUUUGGUGGUGCUGGUUGCCUACGGGCAGGCGAAAUUUUGCGUGGGAUCUUUUGUAUGAUAUUGCACCAUGCCGGGGCGAUUCAACUUCAAAACUUGCUGCUCGAUUUUUUUCUCAAUUUUGGUGAAUUUUUGAAUGAUAGGUAAUUAUUAUUGAAUGAAAUUAUUAUUACUGGUCAUUUUUGAAGUAAAUGUCAGUAAACGCUUCAGUUUUGCCAUGGUAUGAUAGAUUUGAGCUCUUUGAACGUGCUCUAGUCGACAGAAUUGAAUUUGAGGGAAUUUCCAGCGAAAAAAAUAAAAUUGUAAAUGUCGGGAGUAUAUGCUAUGGAAUCAGCUUAAGCAACCAUGCGCACCCAUUUAAAUCUGUGGGAGUAGCUAGAAAAGAGAUGCCAAUAUAACUUCGUAGCCUUUAUACCCGAAAUUUACAAUUUUAUUUAUUGGAAGAAAAAUAACUAAAAUUAAAAUCUGUCGAUUUGGAGCAAGGACCCCAGAUCUAUUCUAUCUUUACGAAACUGAAGCGUUUUUUUGACAUCAACUUCAAAAAUGUUGAGCUAUUUUUUUAUUAAAGUUAUUGUUCUUGUAUUUUUGUAAUUUUUCAAACUACUGUAAUUUUUUAUAUAUAUAUGUUUUAAUCCAUCCUCUAAAUAUUUAGCUAUCAAAUACAACAAGUUUGACUAUUUUGCAAUCAAAUUAAUACAGGAAUCGGUUCGUAUGUUUGAAAAUUUUGGAAAGAGAAACAACAACUUUCUUGGUUGCUGAAGGUCGAAAGACAUUAGCACGAACAGACAAAAGGGCGAAAGUGGCUCUUUUGAAACAUAUUUAAAUAUUAUUUGAAAACUGAUUUGAAUAUGAUAUCAUGAUUUGAAGAAUUCAAUGUUCUGUAAAAGUUUGUCUUUUUUUUUUGGUUUUUUUAAACACGAGCAAAUUCUUGAAAAUUUUACGUGUUGUUUUUUCUAAUCCUUCCAACAUGAGCAGUUCCUUGUAAAGUUUUAUAAGUUUCUGUAAUAUUUCUGUCAGUGUUUGCAUUCUCUGACACAUGUUUAAAAUUUGAAUGGUUGAAUAUUACCUCUUUUUCAAUAAUUUUACCCUGAGGGUUGAAAAGAGCAGCUCAAAAGCGGAACCGUUUUUGAGCUGUCAAAGUGUAACCAUUUUACUGUUCGCCAGAAGCGUCAAGUAUUUUAAUCGAUCAUUAGAGAAUUUAUUGUAAAAACCAAUUUUGGUUUUUUUUGAUUUUUUGGUGAGGGAUGUGAGUUUUGUAAGGAUGUGAUUCCUGCUGGCCAGUUCCUUUGUCAGAGCCCAUCUUGGGUCGAAGAGACCUCUUUAAUCCGACCGCAAUUGGUGCAAUGUGCAGAAACUGGCGAAACCUCGGGCGAAACACUUCAUACUGAUUCGAAAACUUGGGAAAAAGCACAUCAGGUUUCAAAACAAAUUAUUUAAGAGCAAGAAAAAAGUCACGCUUGAGCUUGAACCGCCUCCUUUUUCGUUGUAAACAAAGUGGGAUCAUUCGAAAAUCACGUUACGCGUUCUCUCUUUUCUGGAGAAACACGAGAAAAGGGCGAAUAGGCAUUUUGACAACUGAAACAAUUCUGAAAUUUCCAAGACAGCAAGUAACUUUUUCACAAAACUCGAAGUGUUAAACCAUAGCAGGCCUUCCCAGCUACCUCCUAACGCUGCAGGUUUUGUUAAAUAGUUACCUGUUGUCUCGAAAUUUGCGAAAUGGUUCUAGCUGUCAAAAUGCUUAUGCGCUCUUUUCAAAUGUUGCUCCAGUUUUCACCCCCCAGAUUUUACCCUGGUGCUGAUAAGACAGAAUGCGUAACGUGAUUUUCGAAUGCUGCUCACUACUCCAGCUGCUCUACAGAUGUAAACAUAAACAAAGUAAAAGGCAGUGUUCAAGCUCAGGCGUGGCAUAGUUUUUGUUUUUUAUUACGCGUUACGUAAUAAAAGAACGCUCCCUAUGUUUGAUCAAUAGGCAAUCAAACGUCAUAAUUACCUCCCACUAGAGGGCGCUGAAACUUGGGGUGAUGUUUUCAUUAUAACCUACAGCGAGUAAGUUGGUUUGAAAUUUGAAAUUGUUUUAUUUCAUCAUAAAAUCGACAUUAAUAGCAAAUUAUACAAUUUUCAGGUAAGAAAUAAAUAGCUUAAUUGAUAUAAACGAAAAUAUUUUUGUGAUGGCCGAUUUAACCUGUUCAUUAUCUGAUUCAAAAUAAGGGUAUGUUUUAUCAACCAAAACCUAACUAAUCAAUUGAGAAUGUAGAUUAUUCAUUUUUUAAAGUCACUUCUACCAUAAAAGCAAAGCUCUGCUUGAAGAAUGGUAAUUGGAAUGAUUUUCAAAAUUUUCAAUCUAACCUCAUUCUCGCGUUUUCAAUCCGGAUCUCAGAAUUUUUAAUGAAAAAGGCAACUUAGCAAAAAAAUCAAAAAGUCAAUCGAUAGAACUUUUUAUUUCUUACCAUCUGUUAACUUUAUUUUAUUCCAAAAGAUCAAUUUUCUUUUAAAAAACAUUAAAAUAGUUUUCACUCGCCUUUGCACUUAUCGUGCAAAAACGUAAACGUAACCUUGCACCAAAGUUCUCCUACUCGAAUGUAGGUGGCGAAUCGAGUUUUUAGCUUUGGUUUUGGGGGCCUAUACAAACUUUACCGUUUUUUUACCCAGCGUAUUUUUGAUUCGUUAAACUAAUUAUGCUGAUGUUGUUUUUAUUAAAAACUCGUUGAGCUGAAACAUUAGGUUCAAUUAAUAAACACACAUUUUUUACCUUUAGUCCAUUCGACCUUUCGUCUAUUCGGCGUUAUGUCAUUCGACCUUUUGUCAAACAUUCGUUCCUUAUUUAUGAAAAUUUGAAUUUAUAAGUGUCCAUAUUUUGUAUAAAUAUUUUAAGAAUUAUUAAACUUCGAUCAAUUCUAGUAAAUGUUCAAAAUGGCUUCUUUAAACAUGAGACCAUGCAACAUGUAAAAUUUGUCAAUAAUGGACAUUAUUUAAUUGGACCUGGGACCUGGGGGUCGUUAAAGUGGAUGGUUUGUUGUUUUGAUUUUUUUGUUUUGGUAGCUCUUUUCAAUAUUAAAAAAUAAAAAAAAAACUGUGGACCUACGAUUCAAAAAAACCAAAAUUAAAAAAAAACAUGUUUUGUAAUAAACGAGUUUGCUAAACGUUUUUUGAUUUAUAUUUUCAUAAAAAAACUAUGGAUGAAUUGUUAAUCUAACAAACUCAAGUCGUGCCGCAGUUGAAUGAAUACGAGAGAGAACCUUCAUCCAAUAACAUUUAUUGUUCGUCUUGUUUUAAAUGUGUUGUUUCCAAACUUCACUGUUAAAAAAACCAAACAUAACAAACUGUAUAAAGAAAAAGACACCCGUUCGUAGUUAUGAGAAGUAGUAUAGCAUCCUUUAAGCCAAUAAGCUAGUGUUGAUAUAAUCCAUUAUAGAAUUUAAUGCCAACAAAAGAAACCAAACGGAGACAAAAAAAGAACCCACUUGAAACAAAACCAAAAAUAAAGCAACACACAGCUAGAUUAGAAAAUAUGAAGAAAAAAAAACUAAUUAACAAUUCCAGUAGUCAAAACAACACUCAAACACAAACAAACACAAGCGUUUUACACAAAACUCAACAGACCAGUGCAAGUAUUCCUUUACAUAACGAAGAAAUCCUUCACACAAUAGGUAAUAAUCGAUUUUAUAAGGCCAAAGGCAGCAGAAAGCAACAAAGAAAAAGGAAAAUCUAGUGAAACUGUAGCGAAAAUUGCGACGCAUUAGGAAAAGUUUCGUUUGGUUGAUUGCGACGAGUUAAAAAAAAACUUAAACUGUAACUGUUUUAUAUCCGUAUUUGCAUACUUUUGUAACACUUUUUGUAAAGUUGCACCCCGGGAAAAAAAUCCACAAAAAAUCAGUCAGAGUAGAACAUGCAAAUGAGGAAUAGUUUUUUGUGCCUGAAACACAACACAACAUACAUAAUUACACUUACACGUUCACAAACACUAACAAUCUACACAAGUAAAAGGUUAAGGGAAGACAUUUUGUGGCUGUUCAAAGGUAAUAAAUUAGUGGAACGUCUAAAUCGAUAGCAAUCUGGAAAUUUCUAAACAUUUCGCAUAAAAAAAACUAAACCUUGAACAUUUUCAAAAUUGUGUACAGAGAAAAAUAAAAUGGAAACUUGCAUAUCCUUCGUUGCCAAAAACUAAAAAAAAAACACAACUCUUUAACAACAAACACACAACAAUUCACUACUUUAGCAAAACUCGAACUAAAACAAAACCUUCACGUUCGCCAAAAUGAAACAGGACAAACUAAUGUGUAAAUGGGAGAUUUUUUUAAAAGUAGAACCAAAACCAAAAUCUUACUGUACUGAAAAAUAUACCAAACAAACAAACAACCGAAAUGUCUCAAGAGAAGCAAUGUUACGUUCCAUUACAUCCUUCAUGUGCACUCGAGAAAAACACAAAAAAAUGCCCUUUCCAGUCACGGUUGGGUUCGAAAACCUGUAACCUGUAAGCAAGACGAGAUUUAAGUAAAACAAACGUUCGAAUUAUGUAGGAAAGGAGACACGCGGUGGAAAUAUUUAUAAAUGGAAGAAUCUGUUCUAUACUAAUUCUAAAAACAAAACAUUCAGCGCACGUUGAGUACUAUCAGGAAGUGUAACAAAUAAAAAACAAACAAACAAGCAUACAAACAAACAAAUGUAAGUCAUGGUUAAAGUAAAAUUUGCUGUAUCUUAAACAGAACUCAACACAGACACAAUUUUCCCAUGUUUAAGUGAAAUAUUGAAGUAAAGCAAAAAUUAAAGAUGCAUACGUGCGAAAAUGUAAAAAAAAACAACUCUUAACAGUGAACGAGCGGAGGAAAUAAAGAAAAGUAUGAAAAAAUAUA